CUUAUCGGCCUUAGCUUUGAAUAAACAUAUAUUUCGAGUGUAUUCGUGGAGCUCUUGCAAGUGCAUUACCGAAAUCAGUCAUUUUUGUUUUGGCACAGUUUUUGGGCAGUCUGCAAUCGAUAGCGCGAUAGUCAGCAUGACAUUCCUUCGACCCUUGCCGGCGGGCCUGCAAAAGAUUGCCAUCGAGGAGCUCAAUGAGGUCCCCGAUCGCGUGGAGUCGGACAUAUCCUCAUUGAGGAUCUGGUUGCAGAAGCAGCCGCAUCUCUCUGCCUGCAUGGAGGAUCAGUUCCUGCUGAGUUUUCUGCGAGGAUCAAAGUUCAGUUUGGAGAAGGCCAAGCAAAAGAUCGAUCGGUUCUACACUUUGCAGGCGGUGAUACCGGAGGUCUUCAAUGAACAUCGACUGGUGGAUGAUCCUCAGGUGCUGGAGAUCAUUCGAAUGGGUGUGAUCUUGCGCAUUCCCCUGGACAAAGGGGACACUGGUCCUGCCGUCACAAUCAUUCGAGUGGGUUCCUACGACACCCAGAAAUUCAAGUUCCAGGACAUCAUUCGCGUGGGCUCAAUGUUCGGGGAGAUCAUGAUGCUCGAGGACGAUAAUGCCACUGUCAGUGGCUAUAUGGAGAUCAUGGACAUGACGGGAGUCACGGCUGCAAAUCUGUUUGCCCUCCAGCCGCAGCUCCUUAGCAAAUUCUCAGCCUACGCCGACGAGGCGAUGCCCACGCGGCAGAAGGGCAUUCACUUCAUCAAUGUCCCGAGGGCCUUCGAAACGGGCUUCAAAUCACUGCUCUCCUGGUUUCCCGGAAAGAUCAGAGAGAGGGUAUCUGUUAGCGCUGAUCCAGAGGCGAUCUUUGAGCGCGUCUCUCGGGAGUAUUUACCAGUCGAAUAUGGCGGAACCAAGGGCUCUAUUCAGGACUUGACAGAGGAAAUGGAAUCCAAGCUGGGAAGCUAUCGUAGCUACUUCGAGGGCACGCAGAUCUUUGGCAUCAACGAGCAGCUGAGGGAGGAGCAACGGCUACCCGGCAACAGCCACGAGAGUCACUUCGGUGUGGAUGGCUCCUUCCGCCUGCUGGCCAUCGACCGACUCGACUCGAAUCGACUCUUUCAAUCCAUCCACGAUAGCUUAUCGAUUACCAUUUUGAGGCACACAAAGGCCGGGGUCGCCACUCGACGUUCGUUCGCCGAUCAAUCGAACCGUGCGCUCCCCAAGAUGCCGCCUGCCAUCCGUCCGCUGAGCCCCGAGCUGCAGAAGAAUGCCGUGGAGAAGCUGAACGAGAUUCCCGAGAAGAUUGAGGAUGACAUUGCCGCCCUGAGGGAGUGGAUCCGCCAGCAGCCCCACCUUAAGGCCCGCACGGACGAUCAGACGCUGGUGAACUUCCUCCGCGGCUGCAAGUACAGCCUGGAGCGAACCAAGUCCAAGAUCGAUCGGUUCUAUACGCUGCGCACCAAAUACCCGGAUUUCUAUGCGGCCCACAAUGUGGAUGUGGACAAGAUGUUGGAGAUCUUUCGAUUGGGAGCCAUUAUUCUGUUGCCGCGUCCCCUGAACGACAAUGGUCCGCGCAUAGCACUCCUGCGACAGGCCGUGUACGAUCCGAGCAAGUACACUUUUCAGGAGGUGAAUCACGCGGCGGGACUCAUGCAACAGAUCAUGCUGAACGAGGACGAUGUGGCCAUUGUCAACGGCAUGGUCUCCAUACUGGAUCUGGCCAAUGUCACCACAGCACACUUCCUGCACAUGACACCGGCAUUUGCCAAGAAGAUGACCGUCUUCCAGGAGGAGGCACUGCCCCUGCGACCCCAAGGCGUGCACUUCAUCAACACUCCCGGGGGCUUUGAGACCAUCUUCAAUAUGGUCAAGCCCAUGCUGUCCAAGAAGCAGCAGGGACGCCUCUAUGUCCACGGAAGCAAGUGGGAGGCCCUCUACGAGCAAGUGCCCAAGAAGUAUCUACCCGUCGAGUACGGAGGGGAGAACGGUUCCAUUCCGGAGAUCAUCGCCGAGUGGGAGCAGCGCAUUCUCGCGUACAGAGGCUUCUGGGAGGAGGAGAACAACUACGGCACCGACGAGAGCCUGCGGCUGGGCAAAGCCGUCGAUUUCGAGAGCCUCUUCGGGCUGCAGGGCUCGUUCAGGCAACUGAAUGUUGACUGAGGCCCAUACACCCCCUCCGACUGGGCGCCUAAAUAUAGCCACACAAACUGCAGUCCACUCUUAUCAUAAGUAACGAUGAUGUAGCACGAACUGAAGCAGUCGAUUGGCCAUAAACGGUUUUAGUAGAUAAGCAAUAUACGAUAUGAAACAAAGUACUCACCAAUGUUCAACAAAGCACAAAGCCCAGGAACAGGUGUGGCAAUCUGCAAGGAAAAAGAUGGCUAAGUCCCUGAUUUAAAUGCAGAAAUUAUAAUGAUUAAAUUAAAGUAUAUUUUA